AUCAACUCUGCCUAGAUGCCCGUGGGCCCCGCAAAUAGGAGCCAGCGUACAUUCCGCUGCUCAGCUACCUACUCCAGAGUAGCCUCUUCCAAUGAAGAUAAUUGAAUCAAUGACACCAAUGAUACAGCUAUUCAAAAACGGUACAUUCACAGUUCACCAGAUCAGCUCUUUCACCAUAUACCCAUGCCCAUGGAAUCGCAUAAUUCAUUUAAUAUCGGAUUAAUACAUUUGGCAACCUCCCACUUUAUUGGGCCCAGAUAAUCAGUCACAUUGUCCAGCCAUCUGACAGUAUCGCACAACACAAAACUUGAGCGCGAAAUCGAUAGAAGUGCAAUACUUUGACAUGCGUCAACAGACCAGGAAGACCGUGACUUACGGAAAAUCAAGAUCCGGUAGCACUCAGAAUGUCACGGACAAGAAAUCUGAAAUCUCAGCGCCUCAAGUCUCGAACAGGGCAAGAAAGGAUCCCAAAGUGACAGCCGAAUCGAUCCGUUCCAAUAAUCCUAUCCCAUCCCUAGAGAAUGAGCCUGGAAAACCAAAUAACAUCGAUGCUUGUAAAAGCACGGCACCGUACACCGUUAGCCAAUGUGCUUCUGACACUCGGCAUAGCGAAAGCGGAGAACCUGACACGCCUCGGAGGAAGCGUCCCAAGUCUAAUAGAACAGCGACGGCAACUCCAGUUGAGGGUCAUAGCCUUCACCGUAGUCCCCAAGCAUCCGGAGUCGGCACCGCUUACGACCUUGGUGGAAGCUCUGGCGAUUCACAAGAUGCAGUCAACUGUCAAUUGCAAACGAAAAACAAUAUAACCCCGCUUCAUAAGAGGGAUACUCGGGAUCAAGCGAGUCGCAAAGCUCUCGGAUUCGACCACUCCUUGAUCACACCAUCUGUACGACGGGCUCCGACAAAACGAGAAUUCCCGCUCAAGAGGAAGAGCCCUGCUGUAUCACACACGAUAGGCACUGAAAGAUUGAAAGACUCACCGUCUACGGCCGGAAACCACCAAAAAACAACCCGGACGAGGAAAAGAUUGGUGGAUUCGCUGGUCCCCUCGGACGAUUCUACUGUGGAGGGAAAUCCAGUUUCAGCUCGCGACAAGCGACCUGGUAGUAGCAACAGGCGGCAUCGCUCAUCUUCGGAGUCCAAAGUUGACCAUAGCGGAGAUACGUCUUUCGCCGACAUUCCUCGACAACCGUCUCUGACGUCGUCCAUGUUGCGAGGAUCUCGGGUCACUUAUGCACGCCAGCGGUCAUUCUUGAAUGACAUCUCUUUUCUGGACAGUCUUAGUGACGGUAAACCCGUGGCUCCCUUGGAGAGUCAUGAUCUCAGCCAAUCUCGCUCAUCAGCCCUUCAUCUUCAGCUCCUGCAUGGCGUCGACGAUGAAGAUAGUGACAAGAUUGAUAGCAAGCCUGUUCGUAGUAUCCACGAACUUAGGCAAGCUGGAGAAAACGCCCGUUUUCGCGAGACAGUUGAAUUCAUUCUAGAGGAUAUCGAAGGAUCAUCUAACUCUGUUUCGGACAGGUGUGAUGGCUAUGUCCGGCUUUGCAUAAAGCUUCUAGAGCCUCGGCUCGUUCGUCAAUUUUGUGAAUGUGGCUUUGAGGAGCGACUAAUGGAAUCAACAACUGAUAAUCUUGAUAUAAUCUCAGCCUCGCUUGCCCUUUGCGCAUACAGUCUGAUCUUCAAGAGCGGAUUCUUUCCCUUCGCCCUCUCGAGCCGAUUUUGGCAGAAGAUCAUGCAAAUUUCUCUUCAACCACUCGGCUCGGAAAUCAACUUCUUGUGUCUAGUGGAUCGGCAAUCUACUAGCAUUUCUAAAUCUGUGCGGCUUACUCUCAGGAAAAACUUGCCGCCAAUCCUUUCUGCGGUGUGUGAGCAGCAGUUAUCAACUACUUCGCCUUGCUUCUUGGCACUCUCCGGCGUCAAUCUGUUUCUUCUGCACCUUCGACAGAAAGUUCGCAGUGUUGAGCCUAUUUCCACGCCAUUGUUGACCCAAUUGAUUAGCUUGCUCAUAACUAUAAAUCCCGAGGAAGAAAGUACCACCCAGAAAUUCGAAAUAUCUGCCUUGGUGCUGUCAAUAUUGGACUCCUACACAGUCCUAUCAUCCGGCCCUUGGGAUCACAGUCAAUGCAAUUCCUUUGGAUUACUUUCCCGGCUUCGCUGGCUCCUCUAUCCGAAUCAGUUCGACCAAAACCGAAAAAUUUUGGGUCUUUACAUUCGGGUAAUCAUGAACAUCACUAACACUGACCCGGCGCUUUGUAAAGAGCUCGCCACCCCCGAGCUGGUCGCUGGGCUUGUUGGAAUUGUUACCGCGGAACUUCGCCACGUGCCCGACGAUUCUGCUGCUAAGGAAAACAGCUCCUUGAAUAUUGUAAUAUUAGCACUUGGUGCGCUCACUAAUCUGGCGGAGAAGAACGAAUCGUCCAGAGCCGUGUUUCUGAUGUCGGAACGUAACUCUACAUCUUUCUUUCAGCUGCUUUUGCAGCAAUUUUCCUACGGGACCAAUUCUCUUGAACAGGCACAUUCUGUCUCUGAAGUACAGAAAAAUGUUGUCGUCGGAUAUUUGUCGAUCCUUUUGGCUACGCUCUGCCUGAAUGAAGAGAUUCUUUCCCAGUUGCAGAAAACACUGGACAAUGGCCUCACUCUUAUAUUGUCGACUACAGAGGAAUUUUUGCAGUAUCAUCAAAAGAUAGAGCAAGACUCUUUCCCCAGGGAGGGUCGAGACGACGGAGGCGCUGGACUCAGUACGAGGCUUGAACAGAUAAUAUCUGGUUUAAGACAACUUGAUGCCUAUCGUCAAUAGUCGGCUCACUGUAUACCUCUUUUCCCAAUUCAACUCCUAGUGUUUGCCAGACCAUCGAGCUGGGGGAUUUUUUUUUUUUUUUGUUUUUCAAUCUCUUCCUUUUCUUUCCCAUGUGCUUUCGAUCCUUUCGCGCUGUCAAACCUCCAGGAAUGUCUGGGUUGGAGUAAAAUACGAAGAUGU